UCACUAUAGUUAAAAGGACUAAUUUAGUCUUUUAGCUGACCCUUCAUAUGUUUUUUUUCGCGCUUAAACCAGAAAACAAUCUUGAGUUUAUUUAUUUUGGUUUAGGGUUUUAUUUUCCCUUGCAAUUGAAGCAUUUUUCAUUCUGAUCAUCUUAUCAAAUGACUCCAGCAAAUAGUUCCAUUCUUUCUUCUUCCUUCCUCAGAGAAGUUUACUUGUAUGAUUGGUGGUUGAUGAAAGUUGAAACUGGUGAUGGAAGCAAGCAAUUGGGUGUUGGAGGUUUAACUGCUAAAGAGAGACAAGAUGAAAGAGUUUUCCACUCCGCAGCAAUUGCGAAGAGGCAUGAUUCAGUCACUUUUGUGACAGUGGAUGGCAUCACCAUUCUUGUUGGCGGUUUCAUUAAUAGGGGUCGAACUCUUCAAAAUGGCUUCUCGUCAGAGGUUUGCAAUCUGUUCCUUUUUGGAUUUCCAUACGACUGGCAAGAAUAUUCUGCUCUAUCAUUUGGAGAAUCAACUAAUGAGGAUGCAGACUUUGGAACUUCUGAUUUCUCAGAUUCAGUAAACGGAUCAGCUGAUCGCGCAAGUAGCUCCGCUUCUAUGUCUAUUGAUCAUCUUUCCGCCAAUGCUUUACGAGAUCUUUUACUAUCGACUGGUCCAGAAGCCCGCAAGCUAAGAAAGAGUAUUUUUAAUGAAAUAGUGCAGAAAUAUGGUACCAAUCCUUUUAAGGGUGGUGAAGCUAACCAAAAGAGUGGUAAUCCGGUCACAACUGAAAAUCCUUCACCGAAUGGAAGUCCUAGUCAAAAGAAGAAAGCUAAAACUAGCCAGAAGCAAGAGGAUAGCUGUAUACCAGAUGCGAAAUCUGGAGAAGAAGACUUUCAGGAAGCUACUCCCGGGGAUAUGCCAAAAAAAAGUUUUUUGGGUAAAAUACUGUAUAAAAGUGGUGGCAGUGCUUCUAUUGAUGGUGAAAAUUCUUGUUUGAACAAAAACAUUGGUAAUCAAGUCAUAAUCACAGGUCCUUCACUGGAUGAAACUCCUCGUCAAAUGAAGAAAACUGCAGUUAAUUUGAGGAAAGAAGAUGAUAACCAUGUGCUUCAGAAAUGUAAUGACGAGAGGGGAGCACUCAUCGAUAAGAAUGGCUUAAGUAGCAGCCCCCGUUUAACAAGAGGUAAAGCUAGCCUAUAUAAGAAAACCAAAGUUGACCAGAAGCAAGAAGAUAAGAGAGAUGUGCACAAAGUAGAAUCUGGACAAGGAGAUUUUGGGAUAGUAAACCAUGCUACUAGCUCGAGUAAUGGUCCGUUGACUAGAAGUAGAGCUCAAAAACAAGUUAAAAGAACACGUUCAAGAAGGAAAUAGAUACUUGUGAAGGUGUUAUGGGAGUUUUGUUGUGCAGAUUAGCUACCCGUGGAUAUUAAUCUGGAAGUUCCUUAAUUCAUUAUGGAUUUGUCACUAGUCCUAAGGGAGACUAGGGAACAACUCUCUGACUGUUUAAAUUAAGGUUAUGUUGUCGUUUUUGUUAUGGAUUACAUCACACCUCCUGAAUUUUGUUUUAUCAAAUGGUCCAUUCCUAGGACUACACAUGAUCUUUUGCGAUGCUGGUGUGAAUACAAUUCCUUAUUACCUUUUUUUUUUUU